AACAUCUUUAGUAAGGACAUUGUUGAAAUUUUCGUCUCCAAAAGAGUGUUGGAGGAAAAAGCUGCAGAGCUUUUGCCGAAUGAUGUCUUAACAGUAUUCUUCAAACUGAACGUGAUGUUAGUCCUUCCUGAUGACGUCACUGAAGCAGCAUCUACAUCAGGUACCAAGACUUUGGCUACAGACAUGAAGGGCCUGUUUGAGGAUCCUCGGCACUCCGACGUAACCAUACGAGUCGGAAAAGAAGAGUUUUCUGCCCAUAAGGCGAUUUUGGCGUGUAGGUCCAAAGUAUUCCGUGCUAUGUUCGAAAGCGGCAUGAAAGAAUGUCAGGAGAAUACCUUAGACUUGGUGGGAAUGGAACAUUCUACAGCCCGAAGCAUGUUGGAGUACAUCUACACAGGAUCUCUGGGCAAACUGUCCAUGGAAGAAGCUUUUGAUCUCUACGUAGCUGCUGAUAGAUACAACUUACAAGACAUAAAAGAUGGGUGCAAGGAAUGCAUCUUGAAGGACAUGUCUGCGGAUCAAGCCUGUGAAGUUGCUGCUUUCGCCAACUUGCAUUCUGAUGAAGUCCUUCUAAUGGCUUCCUGUCUAGCAUUGAAGAACAAUUUUCAGCAGGUUGCGUUCGACGAACCUCACCGGUCGACCGCGGGUGCCAUGACUUUGGCUACGGAUAUGAAAACUCUGUUCGAGGAUCCUCUGCACUCCGACGUAACCUUACGAGUCGGACAAGAAGAGUUUUCUGCCCACAAGGCGAUUUUGUCAAGUAGAUCCAAAGUGUUCCGUGAUAUCUUCGAAAGCGGCGCGAACGAGUGUCAGGAGAACACCUUAGACUUGGUGGGAAUGAAACAUUCUACUGCCCGAAGCAUGCUGAAGUACAUCUACACAGGAUGUCUGGACAAACUGGAAAUAGAAGAAGCUUUUGAUCUCUACACCGCUGCUGAUAAAUACGACUUACAAAAGUUGAAAAGUUGGUGCAAGAAAUGCAUCUUGAACGACAUGUCUGCGGAUGACGUUUGUGAAGUUGCUGUUUUCGCCACCCUGCAUUCUGAUGAAGACCUUCUAAUGGCUUCCUGUUGUACAUUAAAGAGCAAUUUGCAUCGGGUAUUGAACACCGAAAAGUGGAGCAACUUCGCAAAACAGAAUCGAGAUUUAUACUCGGAACUGAUUGAAAAAGUGGUAUUGAUGUAG